AUGACGAUUCUGAGGCGUUCGACAGUGUACAGAUCGACGGCGUCAUUGCAUUCGGACGGCAGGAGCUGCAACAGCAGCAGUGGCGGUUCUGCGGGUCCAUCGCCGUCUCCAUCGAGGUUCAACCACCAACACCACUUUUACAGUCCGUCUUCGGGGCCGGUCGGUGGCGGCGCCAAACGACCGCCGCCACGCACGUCAGUGCCGACCAACGGCAGUCCCGCGCCGCGGCGUCCAUCAGCGCCGUCGGGCUUGUCCAACUCCGUCUACGGCACCCUCACGGGCGCUGCGCCGUCUCCGGCACACAGGGGCGCCCCUCACAGCGGCGGCCUUCUCACCCCGGCGUCCAAAAAGUGGUCGUCUUCGUCCGACUUCCACUCGCCCUUUGGCAGUGUCAGCAGCGCCAGUCAUCAUUCUGCGAUGCCCAAUAGGAAGACGCCAUCGGGGUCCAUGAUGAGCUUGGCAAGGCCCAAGCGAGUGUCAGCACACGCGAGUCCGACUUCGCCCCUGGGCGUCAAAUCCGCUGCUCAGCGCUACAACAGUAGAAUCUCGUUACAACGAAGCGUGUGGGACCUCAAACGAGCUUCGUUUUACACGAAGAUGUGA